CUCACCACAUUUUGCUGGAACACCUAUUAUCGACAUGGUUCCUCCCGCCGCCAAACAGUCCACCAAUCCGACCAGCGUAGACCGCCAAAGAAAGAAAAGCCUAAACCCUUCUAUCCACUGACACUUGUCAUUAAAACCGAAAAAACUGGUAAAACAACCAAUCACCACUCAUCAUUUCCUCUCUAAACAUACUUUCUUCCUUCAUUCGCUUCCUCCUCUUUCAUUUACCUACCCGGCGCCAAACACCCCCAAAACUCCCACCUCCAUUCCACCCGUCUCCGCCCACAACCUCCUCCGUCCACCUCCAUCACUUUCCCAAAUCCCCAGCUAGGGCUAGCCAUUCGUAUCACAAACCCUAAUUCCAUCCCAAUUCCCAUUCUAGGGUUUGGAAUUUAUAUACAUAUUGAGAGAUUGAGCUUUGAUUGAUUGAGUCCAUGAAAUCAUGCUUGUUUCCGAUCAAAACGAUUCGUGUUCCAAGUCCAUAAACGAGACGGUGAAUGGGUCGCACCAUUUCACGAUAAAGGGGUAUUCGCUGGCCAAGGGGAUGGGUCCGGGCAAGUACAUAGCGAGCGAUGUGUUUACGGUGGGGGGUUACGAUUGGGCAAUUUACUUCUACCCUGAUGGGAAGAACGUGGAAGAUAGUUCCAUGUACGUGUCGGUGUUCAUCGCCUUGGCCAGCGAAGGUACCGAUGUUAGGGCUUUGUUUGAGCUCACUUUGUUGGAUCAAAGUGGGAAAGGGAAGCACAAAGUUCAUAGUCACUUUGAUCGGGCGUUGGAGAGCGGUCCUUAUACUUUGAAGUACAGAGGAAGCAUGUGGGGUUACAAACGUUUUUUCAGAAGAAUGUCUUUAGAAACUUCGGAUUAUAUCAAGGAUGAUUGUCUUUCCAUGCAUUGCACUGUAGGAGUCGUCAGAAACCGUGUUGAGGGACCCAAACAAUAUAGCAUUUCUGUACCACCAUCAGACAUGGGCCAGCGUCUUAAGGACUUUCUGGAAUCUGAAGUUGGUUAUGAUGUAGUUUUUCAGGUUGGCGAUGAGACGUUCAAAGCUCAUAAGUUGAUACUUGCUGCUCGCUCUCCUGUAUUUAAAGCCCAAUUUUAUGGACUUGUUGGAGAUCCUACUAACAUGGAUAAAGUAGUGUUGGAGGAUCUUGAACCCUCUAUCUUUAAGGCUAUGCUCCUGUUUAUUUACUCAGAUAAGCUUCCCGAUGUACAUGAAAUUACAAGCUCAACAUCUAUGUGCACAUCUACAAUCAUGGUGCAGCAUCUUUUGGCUGCUGCUGACCGCUUUGGUUUAGAUCGGCUGAAACUAUUAUGUGAAGCGAAAUUGUGUGAAGAAGUCAGUGUCGAUGCAGUGGCAACAACCCUUUCCCUUGCUGAGCAGCACCGGUGUCCACAACUCAAGGCUGUUUGUUUGAAAUUUGCGGCAGCAAACUUGGGAGUGGUCAUGCAGUCAGAAGGGUUCAGGUACUUAGAAGAGAGCUGUCCUUCAUUGUUAUCUGAGCUGCUGGAGACAAUUGCAUCAGCGGAUGAGAAUUCGAGUCUACUGUUGACUAGGAAGAGAAGUGGCAGCAGCAUCUUCGGGUUAGAUCUAGCAGACGGGGCUGCAGCUGAAUCUGUGAAUCCUAAUGUCAGGCGUGUGCGGAGGCGGCUCUAGUCCUUUAAUUGCCCUUUUAGUGGGACAAAAGCUGAAACAAUGAUGUUAUAGACAAAAACCUAGCUAUGCAUAGCAUGUUUAUAGUAGUUAGUCCUGUUUCUUUGUGUUACUUGGUGGUUGAUUUAGUUUUGGUGUUUUCCUGAAGGAUGAAUUUUUGCAUGGAAUUCAUGCCGUAUUAGGACUCA